GCAUUAUCAGAAUAUGCAGGGAUAUUAAGAAUCUGUUCCAUGAAGCUAGAGAGAGGGCAGCCAAGGCAGUAGGAUUUGCCAAGAUGCUUAGAAAGGAUCUUGAGAUUGCUGCAGAUUUUAACAUUCUAGUUGAACCAGCACAGCUGUUGGAGAAACUGAAGGAAACAGACCACAUCAAGGUGAAUGCCCCUGCCAAUGCAGGCUACCUGAUGUUUAUACCACACCACAUCAGUGAGGACAAAGAACAGAUUUUGCAGCUGCUGAAUGUCACCUGUGGGAGAGAGGACAUUCACCACUCAUUCCCGGUGGGCAAGGAGAGUCAUGAAGGUUACCUGCUGCUGGUCCGGUGGGAAACUGGGACGUGUGGCUGGGAGGGGACGUCGGUCAGGGUGGAGCCCACUGCUGAGACCACUAUUGCCCUGUCCCAUAUUGAGGUUGAAGGUCUGUUGUUGGUGGUCAUCAACUCCUCACAGCUGCCAGCACAAAGGAAGAGUUUUAAAAGGAGCAUGGGGUCUGCUGUGGAACUUGUCAAUGAGCAGACAUCAUGUCAUCAGGCCAUUGCUGAAUCCUUGAUUGACCUGAAGACAACAGCCAUGUAUUUGAGGGAAAAGGUAGCAAAGGCCAUAAUACAGGUGGAUGAGAAGCUGAAUCUUGAUGACAUUUCAGAGAGGGAAGAAAUGGAGAAAUACAACAUAUUGAAGUUAUACAGGGAAACCAUGCACCAAUGCUAUAACUUUGGUUUUGAAUACCACAAAGAAGUGACCAGACUGGUGACAGGUGACGCCAGACAGAAGCUAGCACAUGGCCUGAUAAGUUUUGCCAAAGAAUGGACCAAGUUUGUUACACAAAAAUGUGAGAGAGGUCGAGGAGUAAAACCCAGAUGGGCAAUGCAAGGUCUUGAGUUUCUCACAGUAGCUUGUGAGGCCAGGGUUCUGGCCCUCCUCACAGAAGGUGAAUUCUUGGAUUUGAAGCACAGUAUCAACAACUGCAUAUCCCAUGUGAUUGGCAGUUCUUCGGAUAAAACGGGCAGUCCAAACUUUCGCACCAGCAGCCCUGACCCAGUGAAUGCCCAGAGGAACGCCAUGAUCUACAGGAACCUGUCCUGCCCAGAGCCGGCACCCUCCCCCAAGCCAAUACGAACCCGCUCCGUGCUGAGUGACCCUGCCACGUCGCCUCACCCAUCACAGUCUGACCCUUGGUUAGGUGGCAACCCAGCAGCAUCACCCAGUCGUGCUGUGGAAAUUCAUGAUGGAGAAAAUGGUGGAAUUGUUAUGGACGUUCACGUCAGACCAAAAGAAAAGCAGGUUGUACCUCGUGUGCCACUGAAGCCCAUGGAGCGUGUCCAUCAAGCAGUGGCCAGGCUAGAGCAAGAUCAAAAUGAAAGACUUUUGGCAAAAAGAAGAAUUGGGCGUAUCACCACUCAGAGAAGUGACAACAACUGUCAUUUGCAUAUGAGGAGGGUGCAUUUUAAGUGGCAAAGGGGCAAUAAAAUUGGGGAGGGGCAAUUUGGCAAAGUAUAUUGUGCAGUCAAUAUGGACAAUGGAGAACUUAUGGCAAUGAAAGAAAUCCGUUUCCAACCCAAUGACCACCAGACAAUAAAGGACAUAGCAGAUGAGAUCAGUCUGUUUGAAAGCAUACAGCACCAGAGCUUAGUGAGAUAUUUUGGGGUGGAGGUUCACAGGGAUGAAAUGGUGAUCUUUAUGGAAUACUGUGAUGAGGGCACAAUAGAGGAAGCAGCAAAGAUGGGUCUUACUGAACCACUCAUCAGGAAGUAUACCAAAGAGAUUCUAGUAGCCAUCAGCUUACUACAUGACAAUAAAAUUGUACACAGGGACAUUAAGGGUGCCAAUAUUUUCUUACAAUCAAAAGGGCCAUUGAAACUUGGAGACUUUGGGUGUUCAGUGAAAUUAAAGAAUCACACCACCAUGCCUGGAGAAAUCAACACUUUAGUGGGAACAACAGCUUACAUGGCUCCAGAAGUCAUCACACACAAUGACCGCGAGGGCCAUGGCCGUGCUGCAGAUAUCUGGAGCCUUGGAUGUGUGGUCAUUGAGAUGGCUACAGGCAAGAGACCUUGGCAUGAGCUUGAGAACAACUACCAGAUCAUGUUCAAAGUUGGUAUGGGGUGCAAACCUGCCAUCCCAGACACCCUGAGUGAGGAGGGGAAGGAUUUCCUGUCACAUUGCCUGGAAAUUGAUCCCCGGGAAAGGUGGACUGCAAGCCAAUUACUAGGACAUUCCUUCACUAAGUUUGCCUUGGAUGAUGAAGUUGAAGAACAAGAAAGCCAUCAACCUAGGGUUUUAGCCAUGCCACAUGCUAUCAGUGAAUCCGAGGAAGCCUGACCUGUUUAUUCAAACAAAAUUCAGGUUCUGAGUGCUAAUUUUAGUCUAACUGAUUGAACUAGCCACAGUUUAGUGCUGUUCCUUUUUAUUUUGGCCAAUGAAAUUCACAGCUUAAAUAUUUAAGUGUAUGUGUAACAUUAUGUGAUUUAAUUUAAUAAUGAUUUUAAUGGAAUUUUUUUAGGGCUGGCAGGUGUAAGGAUAUGUAAAUUUCUGUCUUUUAAUGCUAGUCUGGAUAAAUCUAUUAUUAUUGUGAUACUAAUAAUGGAUGUGAAUAUUUUCUAUGAUAAGGAUGUAAUUGAAUUAAGAAUAUUGUUGGCACUUGUUGGCAGGUUCUUUCACAUAUGAGUGGGAGAUCACUGAUGGACUGAAUUGGGAAUUGUGUAAUUUGUGAGCUAAUAAUUAGAUCUUUUUGGUGCUCAUUUUAGACAUUUUUUAUAAGCUGUUUAAUGAUGUGCCAAAAUUAAUAAACAAAACAAAAUUGAACAAUGGAAGUUAAUGUAUCAUAAUAAUAAUGUUAAGUCGGAUUGCAAACUAAUAUCUGUACUGAUGUUUGCUACCCCUUCGAUUUGCCAAAAUAUUUGAUAUUGAAGUUGUCUAUAAAGAUUUAAUAUGAAGCAAAAUUUAAGAUGUAGGAACAAGCUUAAAUUGAAGGGAAAGGGACAUAGAUGUAAAAUUAAUCUGUUAUGAUUUAAUCAAAAAUUCCAAUCUGUGGUACUUAAAUUUUAUAUAUCAUUUGCAUCUCGAUUGUAGUCAUAAAAUCUGCCAAUAUUGAUUACAUCCAGAUAUUCUUUACAUUAAUACAUAAUUGAAUUAUGGCUUGAUUAUGGUGAAAUAUAGUAAUUUGUUUCAACUCAAUAUAACAAGUAUGGUCUGGUACCAAAAGAAAAAAGAAUUUUAAAUCUGGACAACUGCCAUGAUAAAGUUUCAGUGUUCACUUUACAAUGUAGCAGUUUUUAAUAGUGUUGUUCUGUAUUAUACAGCUUUUUUCAAUUUUUUUUCUAUGUUAAAACAGUAAUAAUCAUACAUUUGAUCAUUUAAAAAACAGAUUCAUAAUCCAAUAAUGACAUUUUUUUAAUGCACUUAUAGUUAUAGACAGGCACAUCCAUUUUGUGACCCUGAGUUUCAGAGUCUAACAGACUUUCUCUAUACCAGUAUACUGGUAGCUGGAGCUGUGCAGAGGAGACUGCAGGAAACUCAGGGUGAUAUUGUGUUUAGGAAAAAUCUGAUGUGUUUAGAUAACAAGUUGGCUCACUUCUAGGCUUUGGGCAGGUUGUGCCCCUGGGAAACUGUUCAACAAAUGUCAUUUCUGAUUGUUUAACAAACGUUUCAAAAUCAUGGUGAAAGUGGAUUUGGCAUUUGCUGCCCAAUUAGAGGUCAGUUAGUAAAGGAAAGACAUUAAAGGGAGAAUUGCAUAUAAUAUACAAUUAGACAUUUUUCCUUGGAGUAGGAUAUUUAAAAGAUGUAUUUGACAGAGCUGUAGAUCUCUAUAAGUAACGUCAGGGUCAUAGGCUGCAGGUUGCCCUCCCCCCACCCCAGAGAAUUUGAAUAAAAAGGGAGGGGUGCAUUCAAAUAUUGUUAUCCUUUACUCUUUCCAUAGUCCAUCAGAAGCCACUUACUUUUACAAACAACCUGCUUGAAAGUAUUGUAAAAUAUUGUAGGUCUUCGACAGCAGGUCUCCAAGCACCUUUUCAACCUAUGGCCCUGCAUGUUACAAAUGGAGCAUGUCAUUAUUGUUCAAGUUUUUAUUUCUAUAUAUACAGUUUAUGUACAGAGGUGUCAGUAAAGAGAAACUACAAAUUGUGAUAGAUCAUGUGAUAAACUAGGCAACUUACCUCUCUUGAAAACAAUGUGUUGACCAUAUGGCUGGAUCCCUAACAUUAUCUCCUCUUCAAUAGCAUGAUACAUGGAAGUGUUCACAUUUUAUGUGGCAUACUGAUUACCUUGGACAUACUUCACUUUCUUUGAUGGGAAAUUUGAAAAAUGCUGUUGUUACCUGCAAAUCUUAGCUGCAGUGAAAAUCCUGUGACAAACGUGAUAAGUUGUCUUCAGUUAAAAGGCCAUGACCUUUGGAUCCAUGGUCACUGUUGACCUUCAAGCAGUAGGAGGGAUCAAGUUCACAUUUUUUCAAUGAUUUCAUGGUUAUUUUUUUAAAAGUUGUGUGAAAUUGAAUUGUUGUUAAAUUUGACACAAAAGCGAUUUUAAUAGAUUUAUUAUCAUGGUCAUAAUAUUGUCAUACAUAAUAGAGUAUAUCAAUUUAUUUCGCAGAUGCAUUUACUUGUUUUUCUGCACGAGAUUAAUUUUUAAUACACUUGAAAUAUUUUACCCUCUUUUAUCAUGAUGGAGUUAAGAAAAUGCUACAUACACUGGUGUACAUGUUAUAUUGUGUGUAGUUUUAUUUAAAAUCAUGUAAAAUGUAGACAGAUGCACAGUAAUGAAAUGAAAGUGCAUGGCAGUUCAAAGCGGAAAUAAGCACAUUUACAAGAGUACUUUUUUCAUUUCCAAAGUUUAUGUGUAUUUUUGUUGUAACUUUUAAUUAUUGUAAGAUAUUUCCCUUCUCAAAUAAAUUCUGGAAGCGAAUUUUUCUUGACCA